UCAUCAGGGUACAUCCGAUCGAGCAUGUCGGUUGUACCCGAGCGCAUCAACGAGUUCUUCGAGCCUCCGAAGCCUCAGGAAGGCACCAUCUUGCCCAGGUACGGCGUUGAGAACGGCUACCUGGUGUUGGAGGACUUCAAGACGCGCGACCUGCCUCGUCCGCCACCCGCAGGCUGGGAGUCGGCCAAGAGACUUGGCGCCAUGGCUGCCGCCGCCCUGGUCGUCUUCCUGGUCGUACUAUCGGCCGCCGUCGUCGUGCACAUUCUGCUGCCGGCGAACGACGACUCCAAGAACCACGAUCCUCCGCUGGUCGCCAACGGUACCAACGAAACCAUGGCGUCUGCGAAGCUCCAAAUCGACACUGACGUCGAGGGCGACGUGCAAGUAACCGGGGACGACGGCGACGAGGGACUGACGUCCACGCCGGCGACAACGAGUGAACGUCGCUCCCUCAGGGCGACGUCGAAGCGUCGUGGAGCGCAGCGCACACUUCGGCGACGAAGCGCGAAGAAACCGACGCUGUCGAAACAGCGUCGCCCACCCGCCAGAACGAGGUCGCGAUUUCCGCGGAGGAACAUUCGCGAAACCGCGAAUCGCGGAGCGAUUUCAACGCUGACCUCCGCCCCGAAAACAUCCCCGACCUCUUCUCGUCUCGCGGAAACGACGCCAGGCAAAGACGUCUAUGACGAUGAAGCGACCGGUGGUGACGGCGACGAUGACAGCAGCAGCAGCAGCGAGCAUGACACCAACGCCCAACAACACGACACCAACGCCCCCUCGCACAAAGCGUUUACGGACAUUCUCGUAUUCGGUCCACCGCUGAACGAGUCAUGGAAUGAGAGGGAUUAUUUGUACUGGCGCGCAUAGGGACCGUACGGCGUUUAUAACUGACUCUAUAUACAUGUAUAUAUUAUACUAUAGCGACAGGCUUAGCCACGCAUUGUGAGAGUGUUGAUCUCUUCUGUGUUGCGGCUCUGUUUCGAUCAACCGCGCGACAGAGUGUAGCCAUUCUUGCGACUUUGGCCUGUCCAUGUUGGACAAGUGAAGCAGGAGAAAGAAACGCGUAAUAAGUUUCUCGGAUGUCUACUGUCUCACACAUCUUCAAGCUGUCGAUAUGUCUUUAAGCGCUUUUUGAGAGACGAAUGCUUCCAUAUACUGUUUAGUAAUAAAAACACAGGG